CGAAUGUGAUCAGAUGUCACAUCAAAAAUCGGCAUCGAUCACAUUCGUCUCAAAAAUUGUUACAUAUGUGCUUGAUUUCUAUUACAUAUGCGAUCUCAUUUGUAACACCUGUUACAUAUGCGAUCUCAUUUGUAACACUUGUUACAAAUGCGAUCUGUUACGAAUGUGGUCCUACACUGCUUAGUUAAUUUUGCUUAGUUGAGUUUUAUGCUUCCAAAAAUAUCCUUAAUUGUAUUAACUUCCAGCAGCCCGUUAGCAGUUGAACUAAAUGUUGGUGUAUUUUCUUGGUAAUUGGAAUCGUGAAAUCCAUUCAGCAUUGCUUGAUAAUAGAGGUCUGCUUAAGACGGUGCUAGUUGGCGUUAGGGGUGUUGUCAAUUUCACAACCUGUCAUGAGCAAUCUAUCAAACCGAGUCUGGUAUUAUUUUGCUUGGUUGCGUUCUAUUCUUCCAAAGGAUCUUCUUAUAUCAUGUUUAUACUAGUAUAUUACUAGUACUAUUUUAUAGUAUAUUGUUAUCGUGCUAAGUUUACUGCUUAUACGACAAACGUAUGACUGCACAUGUAAUUAAUGUAAUUUUAAUAUAUUUAGAAACGAGUCAUUUUAUGAACGUUGCCAUACCCAGGGAUCGAUAAUCUUGACUUCCUAAUGAACUUUUUGCAUUUACUUCAGAAAAAGAACACCAAUGGUUUAUGUUCUUUGAGAUAUGUUGGGAGGGAAACCAUAUUCCUCUGUCUGUAAAAAAAGAUACACGAAUAAAACAUGACUGUUUGCUCUGGGCAUUGAAGAAGAUCGCUUACUUGAAUCAUGAAUAAGGUUUCGAUCAAUUCAUUACCCGUUUUGUGUAUGAAAUAUUAUUGUGUUCAUGUCUGGAACGAUGAAACUUUUAUAUGUUACAUGAAAGACAGGAUUUAGAUGAUAUGUCAAAUUGGACAUAUACUCGGCAAAUGCUAGUCCCAAUGUUAACGUCACGUGACAUCAUCCGGCCCAAUUUUGUCUCCAUUCAUAUUUUGUAUUUGCUAAAAUAUCACUUGCCACCUGCUUUAUUUCAAAACUACGUUUUCUUAAAGCGAGUGAAUAUUUACGCAAAAUGUAAGCGGUUUUCCAUAUGAAUAUUUGUUGUUGUUUUUUUUGUACAUUAAUAUAUCUAUUUUUGUUUCAUAACUUUCAAAUGUUUAAAUUCAAAAGAAUACAAUAGGUACGUCGAAACUAAACAAUUUGGAAUUUCUUUACUCAAAUUCAAAACUAUCCUAAUAUUUCAAAAGGUAAUAGGUAAGGUAGAUUUCUUGGAAGCUAUCCUAAUAUCUCAAAAGAUAAUAGGUAAGGGUAGAUCUAGAUUUCUCGGAGGCUGUCCUAAUAUCUCAAACCUUACUAAUACAUUACGUUCUGAAUUAAUAAGGGAAAAUACAGAGAAAUUAUUAUUUGAAAAGAAAUCUAAUAAACCACUCAGUAAGUGAAGUAAUUAUGCACCGCAAUUAUGCUAUAUUAAGUCAUACGGAAAUAUGUAUCGUCUGAAUUUGUUUAUUCAUUCAUUUGUUGAUAAGUAAGGAUGUUAAGCGUAACGCACGAGUUUUUUUUUUUUUUUUUUUUGUGAUUCAAAAGAAUAAUUUGCGUAGUUAUGAACACACACUAGUUAUCACUAAAGAAAUCUUGUUAUGUGUACAUUCACUUUAAAAUAGAGCUGGUGCUUUUUCAUAAGUAAAUAAGUUAUUUAAUGUAUUAAGCGCAGCCGACGAACUUACAAAUUUCAAUAAAAUUAUCAUGCAUAUAAACAUAAUUGUUGUUCAAAUGCCUUAUAUUAUAGUAAUACGAAGAUACAUGUUGAAUGUCAAAAAUCAAUUACUUGUAACUUGGAUACAGACUUUCAGCUUAAUUACAGCGUUUAAAGAUACACAUUGAUUUUAUGACUGAUACCUUCUACAGCUACAUAUGUUACCAUAUUGUCUUAUGCAGAAAAUGUUAUAAACAUCACAUAAAGAUGUCAAUACAUUGUUUAUUUUAACAUUAAAAGUAUUUCUUUCUUAUCGGUUCUUUUCACGAGAGAAACAUUGUUCUGGAUAAAAUGAACAACCGUUAAUAAUUGCUCUAAAUCAAAAGGAAACUAUACUUUUAACGUAAUAAGGAAUGUACAUGUGUUACGUUUGCAAAUUUGCAUAUAUUGUAUGGACUGCAAAGGAGAAAUCCGGGGAAUAAACAAAGAAACGAACCGCAUUGUUUUGUUCUGCAUCUGUAACACUGACUUGUGAAGUCAGAGAUUUUGACUUCAGGAUACCUUAAAACGAUCAGCACUACUGAGUUAGCGACCGUUUAAGCCGAAGAUUAGAAAUACCUAGAAAAAGUUCGACAGAAAGAAGAAUUUGGAUGUUGUAACCACAUUUGAAAAAUAAUUUACAAUUUCCCACUGUUAACAGAUUUAAUUUAUAUCGUUUUAUACAGCACAUCAACAAUUCGUGUAUUCUAUUUGAAUUUAUUUAGAAAACAUACAUUUAGCUUUGUAUCUAAUAUUUUUUUUAAUUACAAUUUACCAAGAUUUUACCGAUACAGUAGCAAAUCAUUUUGAUUAGCCCCCAACAUAAUACUAAUGAAACAAAUAAUAAAGUUUGGCGAGAGAAACACACUCUAAAUCAGGUGCUGAUAUAGUCAGGAAACAGGUAGAUAUAUGUGCUGCUGAUAUAGUCAGGAAACAGGUAGAUAUAUGUACUGUCGAAUCGCCACAUGACCUAAACAUGCAAGUGUGUGCUUAGGAUAUACUAAACACCCUGAAAGUAAAAUCAAUGUCAAAAUUGAUUCUUCUUGAAUAAUUACUGAAGAAAAAAAUAUACGAAUGAAUAUUCAAAUAUGGUAGUAUCUAUAAAGGCAAUAAAACGGCGUAUGCAUAUGCUUCAUGAUCUUUUAAAUAGAUAUCCGAAACGUUCGGGGCUAAUAGCUAUUUUGUUGUUCAUGACUGUAAGGAUUAUGUUCCGCAAACAACCGAUGGAAACUGGAAUGGAUGUGAACACUUGGUUAAAAACUCCUUAUUUCGGUUGUGAUGUCAGUUUUAUUGGGUAUGGACAUAAAUUUGCUGUGUUACGUUACGCUCAUAUUGACGUUAAAACCAGGACAUUUUCCAUUCCAUGUGUGGGAUACAAACCGUACUAUAGGUUUACAGAAGUGCGAGAAGGAAAUAUUUUAAAUAAAUGGAUGAAAAACAUGACAUUGUAUGAAUAUUCAUACUCUGAGUCUAUAAAAACGACAACUAUAGCUAUAUUUAGAAUAAAAGCUCACAAUUUAUUUAAUAGUAUGUGUGAUUGGUACAACCUGUUUCUGGUAUGUACUUUGUUAAACCUGGAUCCUAAACAAGUGACAAUACUGUUCAUGGAUGACCGCCCACCUAGCCUCCUGGAAGAUCUUUGGUUUAUACUCUUUGGUAAAAUAGCACGAUAUCAGUUUAUGCCAAGGGAGAAUGUUUAUAAAACCUUGGUCUGGAAUAUCUUUGGUUAUGACAGCCCUUUGAAUACUCAGACAUUGCCUACACUACCGUAUCUCACAGAGUUUCGCGAUUUCAUGUUUAACUCAUACGACAUUCGCCCAGUAGAAAAUUUAAAUUGCAAACGCUUGAAUAUUAUAAUUAUUUAUCGCCGGGACUUUAUAUCCCAUCCGGAGAGGACAAAUGCAUUAGUUUAUAGAAAAUUUUAUAAUAACUCUGAACUACUAGCAGAAGUAAGGAUUGCUUUUCGAGGACACCAUGUGAGAGGUAUGUUUCUUGAAUACUUCAGUAUGAAAGAACAGUUAAAAGUUAUGACAGAGACUGAUAUUUUAGUAGGAAUGCAUGGAGCAGGGAUGACACAUAUUCUGUUUUUGCCACCACAUGCCGGAUUCUUUGAAAUAUUUCCGAAAUAUGUAGAUUUCCAUGACAGAUACAAAGCUUUGGCGAGAUGGAAGGGGAUAAGAUAUAUCGCUUGGAAGAACACCGACCCUAAAAAUGAGUUUCCUGAUUUUAAAACUAGGAUACCGUCGGGAGUCCUUAUUGAACACUUGAAAAUUUUGAAACGUAAACUGUGUGGCAAUAAGCCAAGGACUGAUUAUCCAACUUACUAAUUUAAAUGCGGGAGUUGUUGCGAAAUUGUAAAUAAUCUGAUUUUAUAUAAAUGUGAUAAAUAAAGACACAGAAAAGAUGUUUAAAAUAUGAUACUUGUUCGCUUAAAAUCAUUUGUUUCGGAAUAACACGUGAUUUCCUGUUUGUCAACCAAUAUUUCUAAACAAAAUUUUGUCAUAGUCAAUAAUAAAAAUAAAAUACAUAAAUGCAA